AUGCUACAUUCGCUGCUCACGGGCAUCAACCGACUAUCCGACAAAUUCAACAGCAAAUUGGGCGUCUCAAAGACAUCGCGGCGGCAUGUCCAGCUAUUAGCCAUCACGACGUUGAUUCUCAUCGUCACCUUGCUGAUCAUAAUAUUCACACCUUCGAGGCAAAACCUCCUCUAUCAACUCACCCCCAAAAUCAACUCAUUCGAUUUUUUAAUAAGCAAAGUAUAUGGCAAUAGGAAGUUGAGUGGGGACUUGCUGGCUACAGAACCGGAGAGCGAAUUCAAUUUCAAGGUCAAGCAAUUAUUCACAGAGAGACUGAGCACGGAUUUUGAAAAUGUCUACUGGUCGAUGGGUUCAAGUACAUUGAGACAAACUGAGUUGACAGUUCCAUCGUACUACCUGCUGGACGAAGAGACCAAGCCAUUGGUUCAACCUUUCGACCCCAGGUUCACAUUAGCCAUGUACUACCAUUUCUUAAAUAAAAAGAUGCUCGAUGGCAUGAAUGAAGAAGUCUCGAUUCCUUUCAAUUGGUAUGAUUGGGUUGACAUGAGUGAUUUGCAUAAAUAUUUGUUGGCUGAAGACGACGCAAAGCCAGGAUGUGGCUUUGUUGAGGCCAAGGAGGACGCGCAGAGGAUGAAGGAGUACGAAAACAUAUUGAAGGAGAAGGAAGAAGCCUGGGAAAAGGAAAGAGAAAAGGCAGAAGAGGAGAAGAAGAAGAACGGGAAUACUACGGAGGACCUGGAGGAAGAGGAAGAAGAAGAAGAGGAAGAGGACGAGGACGAGGAGGAGGACGAGGAGGAGGAAAAGGAUGAAGCUGAAGUAAAAGAGGAAACUAAGACAAAAGAAGAAGAAACCAAGGCAAAAGAAGAAGAAACCAAGGCAAAAGAAGAAGAAACCAAGGCAAAAGAAGAAGAAACCAAGGCAAAAGAAGAAGAAACCAAGGCAAAAGAAGAAGAAACCAAGGCAAAAGAAGAAGCAGAAAAAGCUAAUCAGGAACCAGAGAAGGAAGCAAAGGAAGAGCCAGUAAACAUAAAAGACACAGACAUAGAGGGGAUCAAAGAUGACAUAUCUGCGGUGGUUGGUGGUGACGCGAAACCGAAAGAUCCCCCAACUCAGGCAAAUGCCGAAGAGUUUAAAAAACGCUCUCAUCAAACGGACGAGGAAACACAAACUUCAAAAAGAAAAAGAGAGGAUGAGCAGGAAUCUGCCAACGAUGAAGGGGCAAAAAACUUGGAGCAAUUAAAAACUAGGAAAAAAGAGUUUUUCUUUAAAGAUGUCCAUGGCUAUAAAGAGUUUUGCAUCCCAGAUAGCGAUCUCCCCAUUCGUCACGACGAUGGACACAAGUUGCAUCCUGGCUUCAAUGUACAUAAAAAUCCAGGAAGAACCACUUCGCUCAAGGCCAAGAUCACGGGCAAGUCAUAUCUUUACUCAUUUGCACCACCACCUUCGCAAGUCUUGUUCUUGACUAAAGAUGGAUCGUACUCGGUAAGUAUUGAUUCAAACAAGGGCUUGUUGGACAAUUUAUUGCCUGAGUCUUAUGUUUCUGCAACAGGCAAUGACCAAAUCGAUGUAUUACAGGAGUUUCGCCAAUUGACAAGGACACAUCCACCAAGCUCUCAAAAAGUGAUGAACUCGUAUUUGGUCGAAAUACCCGAGUCGAGCUUCCAUUUCGAUGGUGGAGCAGCGUUGGCAAACUUGACAAGGCUUGAAGAUAAAGGGAUCAAGUUGUCAAAUAAGGAACGCUUGUACAAGGAGUCGCUUGAAUAUUCAAUUGAAAAAGUUGCCAGUGGCUCUACCUCGAAAUACUUUUCUGAGGCUAGACUACUUGGAUCAAACAAUGGUGAUCAUUACGAUUGGAGAUUUUUCAAUGGAAUUGUCUUGGGCACCAAAGAGCAAGAGUUGACGUUGCAUCGCUUGAUUCGCGCCUGGUUAUCUUUUUCGAGAAAGAAUGGGAUAACAACUUGGAUUGCUCAUGGCUCGCUCUUGUCGUGGUACUGGAACGGUUUGUCUUUUCCCUGGGAUAACGAUAUCGACGUUCAAGUCCCCAUUAUGGAUUUGCAUAAUUUGUCUUUGAAUUUUAACCAAACAUUGGUGGUUGAGGAUCCAGAGGAUGGCUUUGGCAGAUUUUUCUUGGACUGUGGAACUUUCAUCACGUUGAGAGAAAAGGGGAAUGGGUUAAACGCAAUUGAUGCACGUUUCGUCGAUGUUGACACUGGGAUGUACGUGGAUAUUACAGCACUUGCGUCUUCAAAUACAAAGCCACCUUCAGAAUACUAUGAUAACCAUUUGCCUCAAGGUUUUGUCAAAGGUAAAAAGAGCUUUGGCGAGUUGAACAAGUUGGCCCAGAUUUACAAUUGCAGGAAUGACCAUUUCAACAGUUAUGACGAGUUGAGUCCUUUGGUCAAGACCGUUAUUGAAGGAGAAGUGGGCUAUAUUCCAAGAAAAUACUCAAAAGUAUUACUGGAAGAGUACCUGGCCGGCAUGUCCUUGAAAGUGUUUCACAAGCAUGUCUUUAUCCCGAAAUUGAGAUUAUGGGUCCAGGAAGAAGACUUGUAUUACUUUUUAAAGAAACGAUCCAAGUGGAUUAGGUACUAUUCAUCGCAAGGACCACACAAGGAACCCACUGCAGCCGAUUUCAUCGACCACUCAUACGAGUAUUCCGACCAGGAGAUGAGCCUAUUGAGAAAGGGCCACAAUCCAUACAAGAAAAACUCCGAAUAUUUAUUUAAACUCACCAAUCGUCAGCUUGAGCAAGUUGCAGAUUUCACCUACGAGGACUUGGCUGAUUUGCUUCUCAGCGACAAGAUUUUGAUGGACUUUGUGCUGACUCGAGAGUUUACAUUUUUCCAUGAGGAGGAAAUCAUGAAGUUGACAUAUGGGAAACUGACGGCAAGCUUGCACAAUUCUGGUGUUGACUUCCCACCAUUGAGAUAUGAACCCUUUUUGUAUGGAUUAAGGAGGGAUUUGGACUCAUACGAGGAGAAAGUGGAAAGAAUCAGAAAAUUGAUUGAAAACUCAAAGAGGAAAUAUGGUGCUGCACUGGCUGAACCAUUCACUCUUGAAGCAAAAGAUGGAGAGGACAUCGAGUAG